UUAAAUACUUGCAACCCUGAAGGUUUGUCCUACAUCAAUAAUGUAAUAAAAAAAAAUGUAACAAAAUCGGCAAUGGAAUCGAUCGGGGCUGACUAGUUUGUUUAUAUUAUAUUAAAUGAAGAAAUACGUUGUAAUUUGUGAAAAUGGGUACACAAAAGCCGGGAGAAUGGGCCAACACCCUCAUAUCAAGAUUCGAAGAACAACUACCCUACAAAACUGGCGCACAAAACCUGCACUCCCGGAUAAAUGAAGAACAAUGCAAGGCAUGCCUCGUGCAGAUCAGCAGGCACAGAUUUUCCCUUGUCAUUUCUGGCCUGACCAAGAUCCUGCAGAGAGUUAAUGAAUUGUACCAGCCCACGCUAACGACAUGCGUCACACGGCCUCUAACCGAAAUCGAGAAAGGGUAUCACGACAGUCUAGUAAUAGUCCUUGAUACGCUGGAGAUAUGUUUGAGUUCACAACCGAAGGACACAGCGAAGUACGAAGAGGCUAUGAACGUUAAGAUACUGUUGCGGGAGGUGUGCCAGUUCAUUGAUAUAAGAUGUGAAGCGAACAUACAUAAUACAUUAUUGCGACAGUUGGCCAGUAAAGUUCUGUUUGCGCUGAGUUUAAAUUUUUUCAAUGCAGUAUUUAAUAGAAUAAGCGCCAGGUUACAGGAACUCGCAUCUAGCUCAGACGAAAACCCCGACUACAUAGAUAUAGAGUUGAUACAACAUAUAAAUAUCGAUGUAUUGAGGCUUAUACGGCUUUUUACAGAAUGCAUUCAAAAGUUUAAGUUAUUAAGGAAAUACACGCCCAUAGUCUUAGUUAUGUCUCUCGAAAAGGCUGUAUGGAAUUGGAUGGACACUUAUCCACAGGAAUUUCUCGAAGUCCAGUCUCGGCCUAACGAUGAGCUAAGCAAAUGCUGUGACACGCUUUUUGACAUUUUACAAGACAGCUACUCGGAGAACAAGAAGACCCGCGUCGCGAUGUGGCCUCUGCAAAUUAUGCUGCUCAUUUUAAACCCUAAGGUACUAGAAGAAAUAGUGAACGCGGACAGCGGCGCGCCGUGCAGUCCGCGACAUUCGAAGAAGAAACAUUUCAUCGAUGCUGUUAAGCGAGGAUUAAGCCCGCAAAACAACUCGAAGCAAAUGACGGAAGCCGCUGUGAUCACGUGCGUGAAGUUGUGCAAGGCCUCCACCUACAUCAACAUAUCGGAUUCCGGGAAUGUUACGUUCGUGCUCGUCAAGUCGGUUAUUAAUGAUUUAAAGGCGCUACUCUUCAAUCCAUCUAAGGCGUUCUUCCGGAGCAACUACAACCUAGGCUAUUCCGAUCUAGACCUAAUGACCGACUGUUUUGUGUCCCUGUUUAGAAUCAUGCCGCAUACUAACGAUGCCAUGAAGGUUUGCCUGAAUUUGAAUAGCAACACCUUUUACCAUUCGGUGAUCGUUAACUCGUUGCUGAGAAUAAUAAACCAACCCCGUCUUCCAUGGUGGCCUCAAAUAGAGUUGCUAUAUCCUCGCGCCGCGGAGUUACGUGCUAUGUUCACAGACACCCUGAAUAAGGCAACCCAGGGAUAUAUAGCACACACACCACUGCGAAUGAUAUCGCUCUCUCUAAAACCAAAGGAGAAUAAGGUAGAAGAAAUGCCGGUGUACAAGACGCUACUAUUGUAUCUCGUGAAACUGAUACACGCUGACCCGAUGCUGAUGUUAAGUAACCCAGGCCGAUCUGGUGUGGAAAUACAGUCGGCAACCACUGAACUAAUUAAUGGCCUAGUAUCAUUAGUGCAUCACACAGAUAUGGGGGAAGUGUCCCAAGAAGCGAUGGAUGCGUUACUAGCUUUACACAAACCAGAUAUGGUUCAAAUGUGGAACCCUGAGGCACCCCUGAAUACUUUUUGGGAUAUAAGUUCGCAAGUCGUGUACAGCAUAAGUCAGAAGUUGAUACAGCGGCAGAUAAGCAACUACCGGGAGGUGCUGCGCUGGCUGCGCGACGUGUUGAUAUGUAGAAACGAGUUCCUGGCGAAGCACAAGGAGUACGCGAACGUCGGCUCGCAGAUACCCAUCUGCAAGCAGGCGCAUAUCAAAUUGGAGGUGGUGUUCCUGAUGUGCCUGUGGUCGAUCGACACUGAGGCGGUGCUCGUGGCCAUGUCGUGUUUCGCGCUGCUGUGCCGCGAGGCGGACAUCCGGUGCGGCGCCGACGAGCCGUCCACGCACUGCCUGCUGCCCAACUACGCGGUGUUCCAGGACAUCGCGCACACCUCCACCGUGCUCACCACCACAUCCAAGGAUACGGGCACACGAUAUCCAAAUAAUAUACAGAACACCGCAGCUCUUCAGAAACGGAUAAUGGCAUUGCUAAGGAAGAUAGAGCAUUGUGUUAACGGUAUACAGCCUGUGUGGGAAGAGACCUUUCGCUGCUGGGAUUCCCUAUGCAAAUUGCUCCAGAAAUACCCAAAAGGUUUCGGCAUGAUGGAGGAUGGAACUGAACCUCUGCAUCGGGCUAAGAGAAGGGUGUCCCAUCACACUAGUGCGGAACAUGACUUUGAGAUGCAAAUCCAAGAAUGGGCGAAUAUAACAUCGUUUCUGUGCGCGCUGGGUGGCGUGUGCCUUCAGAGAAAACCCACUACCGUUUGGGCUUUAGGACACGAUUCCAGAAAAUAUCACGUUUUAGCGAAUAGUACACAAGAAGUACAAUAUUGUCCGGUGACUCAGUUCAUAGGACAACUGCUCCGUCUCCUGCUAUGUAACAACGAAAGGUUUGCGGCGCACAUACAGUGCCACGUGAAGGAGCUGGUCGGCAAGGAAAUGUCGCCAGCUCUAUAUCCGAUACUGUUCGAUCAGAUCAAAGCGAUCGUGGAUAAGUUCUUCGAUCAGCAGCAGCAGGUGAUGUUAACGGAAAUGAAUACGCAAUUCGUGGAGCACACUAUAUUUAUAAUGAAGAGUAUAUUGGAUAAUAACAACACGAACAAGGGGGUCGGCCAGCCGGAGCAUCUGAGCAGCACGUCCAUAGAGGGACUCAUGUUGGCUAUCGUGAGAUACGUCCGUCACCUGGACAUGACCGUGCUGUCUGUGCACAUAAAGACCAAGUUGUGUCAAGUCGUCGAAGCCAUGAUGCGGCGGAGGGACGACUUGUCGUUUAGACAGGAAAUGAAAUUUCGCAACAAGAUGGUGGAGUACGUAACGGACUGGGUUUUGGGGACCAGCCACCAGAUCGCGCCACCGCUGAGGGCGGACGCUUCUUCUAUAACCAGGCAUGUGAUGUGUCCCAGAGAGCUGGACCAGGCGUGCAUGGAGGCUGUGGCGGCGCUGCUCAAGGGCCUGCCGCUGCAGCCCGAGGAGUCCGAUCGCGGCGACCUCAUGGAGGCCAAGAGCCAGCUGUUCCUCAAGUACUUCACGUUAUUCAUGAAUCUUCUAAACGAUUGUAACGAAGUUGAGAUAACCGAGGGUCCGGGCCGAUUGGAGACACUGAGGAAAGCUACCAUACAGGCCAUGUCGAAUCUGCUCAGCGCUAACAUAGAUUCGGGAUUGAUGCACAGUAUUGACCUAGGCUACCAUCGUGACCUUCAAACUCGAGCGGCCUUCAUGGAGGUAUUAACCAAAAUACUCCAGCAGGGUACUGAGUUCGAUACCCUGGCUGAAACGGUUCUGGCGGAUAGAUUCGAGCAAUUAGUGCAAUUGGUUACUAUGAUAUCUGAUAAGGGUGAGCUGCCAAUAGCCAUGGCUCUGGCGAGCGUAGUGAGCACAUCGCAAAUGGACGAGCUGGCGAGGGUGUUCGUCACACUGUUUGACGCUAAGCACCUCUUGGCACCGUUGCUGUGGAACAUAUUUUACAGAGAAGUUGAGGUGUCGGAUUGUAUGCAAACUCUCUUCCGCGGCAACUCCCUUGGCAGCAAGAUAAUGGCCUACUGCUUCAAGAUAUACGGACAUACAUACUUGCAAAAUCUUCUGGAGCCCAUAAUUAACUCACUUCUGGAACAACCCGAGUUGAGUUUUGAAGUCGAUCCAGCUAGACUGGAUCCGAGCGAAGAUAUUGAAGUGAACCGCGCGAACCUCAUAGAACUGACGAAGGAGGUCUUCGAGCGCAUCGUGACUUGCGCCGAUAUGUUCCCGCCGCAACUGAGGAGCAUGUGCCACUGUUUGUACCAGGUACUAAACAAGAGGUUCGCUCAAUUCCCGCACACAAGCGUGGGCGCCGUGGGCACGGUGCUGUUCCUGCGAUUUAUUAAUCCGGCUAUAGUGUCACCCCAAGAAAUGGGCAUAGUGAACCGGCCGAUACCGUCGCAGAUCAAACGCGGCCUCAUGCUGAUGUCCAAGAUACUGCAGAACAUCGCCAACCACGUGGAGUUCUCCAAGGAGCAGCACAUGCUGCCCUUCAAUGACUUCCUGCGGGCGCACUUCGAGACUGGAAGGAAGUUUUUCAUCCAAAUAGCAUCGGACUGUGAGAGCGUGGAGCAAGCGGCGCACAGCCUGUCCUUCAUCAGCGAUGCGAACGUACUGGCCCUGCACCGGUUGCUGUGGACCCAUCAAGAGCGGAUUGGCGACUAUUUGUCCAGCAGCAGAGACCACAAAGCCGUUGGGAGACGGCCGUUUGAUAAGAUGGCAACGCUGCUCGCUUAUUUGGGACCUCCGGAACACAAACCAGUGGAAUCCACAUCAAGUCUUCUCUUCUCUUCCUACGCUCGCUGGUCGUCCAUAGACAUGAGCUCGACGAACUUCGAAGAGUUCAUAGUGAAACAUAACAUGCACCAAAAAGAAGAGUUUAAGAGUAUAAAGAGUUUGAACAUCUUCUACCAGGCGGGGACCAGCAAGCUCGCGAAUCCGGUGUUUUAUUUCAUCUCUAGGAGAUACAAGAUCGGCGAAGUGAACGCUGAUCUGCUGAUCUACCACGUGAUACUGACCCUGAAGCCGUUCUGCCAGCAGCCCUUCGAGCUGAUCAUAGACUUCACGCACACCAACUCAGAUAAUAGGUUUAGGACGGACUUUCUACAAAAAUGGUUUACAGUGCUCCCCGAAGUUGCGUACACGAACAUACAGGCGUGCUAUAUAUAUAACUGCAAUAGCUGGGUGAGGGAGUAUACCAAGUUCCAUGAGACCAUUUUGGCUCCGUUACGGGGUAAUAGGAAACUAAUAUUCAUCGACAACCACGCUCGUCUAUGUGAUUAUAUAGAGCCAGAGCAGCAGAAACUGCCAGGUGCGACACUAGCCUUGGAAGAAGACCUCAAAGUGUUCAAUAAUGCACUAAAACUGUCCCACAAAGACACCAAAGUGGCCAUCAAGGUGGGACCUACAGCCUUGCAAAUAACAUCCGUGGAAAAGACUAAAGUCCUAGGAUUUCCGGUGCUUCUGAAUGACGUAUAUUACGCGUCGGAAAUAGAUGAGGUGUGUCUAGUCGAUGACAAUCAGUUCUCGUUGUCUAUUGUGAACGAGGCGACUCCGCUAAGCUUUAUACACAACGACUGCGAUAAUAUUGUCCAGAGCAUAAUACAUAUACGCAAUAGGUGGGAGCUGAGCCAGCCGCAAGACUCCGUAACAGUCCACCAAAAGAUACGACCCAAAGACGUCCCGGGGACCCUCCUCAACAUGGCGCUGCUCAACCUGGGCUCCUGCGACCCGAACCUACGUACCGCGGCAUAUAACCAGCUCUGCGCUCUGACGGCCACCUUCCAUCUGAAGAUCGAGGGCCAGCUGUUGGAGACUUCAGGUCUCUGCAUUCCGUCGAAUAACACGAUAUUUAUCAAAUCCGUGAGCGAAAAGCUAGCGCACAACGAGCCACAUCUAACGUUAGAAUUCCUUGAAGAGUGUAUACAGGGUUUCCGAGGAUCUACAAUAGAGUUGAAGCAUUUGUGCCUCGAAUACAUGACUCCAUGGCUCGCUAACUUGGUGAAAUUCGUCAAGCCGACAGAGGAGUCGAGGCGCCAGAAGCAAGUCGCGCAAAUUUUGGAAAAAUUGAUAGAACUAACGAUAGAAGAGACCGAAAUGUAUCCGUCAGUGCAAGCGAAGAUCUGGGGUUCCAUUGGCCACGUGCCUGAACUCAUUGAUAUGGUGCUGGAUAGCUUCAUACAGAGGAGCGUGGACUCAGGUCUCGGCUCGCCGAUGAUAGAAAUAAUGGCGGACACCGCGGUUGCGUUGGCAUCGGCUAAUGUACAACUCGUUUCGAAAAAAGUUAUCGGCAGGAUGUGUAGAGCGUUAUCGAAACUGCCGAAUAAUAUACUGGGGCCAAUCACCCCCGCUACUGUUGUUGAUAAAACUUGUCAUUCGCCCACCGCUAUGCUGGAGCAGCACAUGAUGUGGGAUGACAUCGCGAUACUUGCCCGAUACUUGCUAAUGCUCUCGUUCAACAACUGCCUCGACGUGGCCCGCCACCUGCCCUACCUGUUCCACACGGUCACGUUCCUCGUGUGCUCCGGCACGGUGUCCAUGCGGGCCGCGACCCACGGGCUGGUGAUCAACAUCAUACACUCGCUGUGCACUUGCAACUCGCCAACGUUCUCUGAGGAAACCCAGCGCGUCCUAAUGUUAUCGCUGGACGAGUUCGCGCUGCCGAAGUUCUACCAAAUGUUCGGCAUCUCGAAAGUGAAGUCGGCCGCAGUUACCGCCUUCAGAAGUCCAUACCACAGACACACGGGUGAUUGGUAUUCAGAACACUCGUACGGAUGCAGCCAAUCGUCGUGCAUCAUGGGCCCAGUGGUUACCACCUCGGUGACCGAUCGGGAGAGGUUACCACUUCAGUCCCUGGAGACCAUCACCGAUGCGCUGCUGGAAAUUAUGGAGGCGUGUAUGCGCGAUAUACCGGACUGUGAUUGGUUGAAAACUUGGACAUCACUAGCUAGGAGUUUUGCAAUUUGCUUCAAUCCAGCCUUACAACCGCGAGCGCUCAUCGUCUUUGGCUGUAUCAGUAAACACGUAACGGAUGAUGAUAUGAAACAGCUAUUACGUAUAUUGGUGAAGGCGUUGGAAUCCUUCAACGAUAUGGCGCUGCUAGAAGCUAUAAUAAUGUGCUUGACCCGGCUGCAGCCGCUUUUGGAUUCGGAAUCACCGAUCCACAAAGCGCUGUUCUGGGUAUCGGUGUCCGUGCUGCAGCUGGACGAGCCCACGCUCUACGCGGCGGGGCUGGCCCUGCUCGAGCAGAACCUGCACACCCUGGACUCGCAGGGGCAUUUUGAGACCAAGACGCUGGAACAAGUAAUGAUGGAGACUAGAGAACCUUUGGAGUGGCACUUCAAACAGUUGGACCACGCGGUUGGACUGAGUUUCCGGUCGAACUUCCACUUCGCGCUGGUGGGCCACCUGGUGAAAGGCUACCGGCACCCGCUGGCCGGCACGGGCUCGCGCACGGCGCGCGUGCUCACCGCGCUGCUGGCGCUGGCCGCUAAGCCGGACCGCGACAAGUUCCGGGUCACCAAGCAUACCGUGGCGUAUUUGACAGCUCUUGUGUGUGUGAGCGAGGAAGUGAGAUCCAGGUGUCCCGUGAAACAUUCGCUGCCUAAAUGGCUGCCCGACAAUUGCGACCACUACUGUCCCGCUGCUGACCAUUUGCAGUCGACAAUGUUAAUACAAGGGCGCGUGACGUCAACUGCGUGUCAAAACAGAAGGCAGAAGUCGUGGGAUAUGCUGGAACAAACUGUUGCACACGGUGGUAAAUCGCCAACAAUACCACAAGCAAGUAACGGCGGUCAAAGUCCGCACCCAUCCAACAUAUCGCAUCAGGCUGCUAGAAUGCGAUUCAAAACUCAACGCUCCUUCUCUGUGCCCACCGCUAAGGAAUCCAUCAAACCACCACGUGACAGCGAAGGCAGAGCGCAUAGCGUUCAGCACGGGUCCACUGGCGACGCUGCCAGGGAGCAUACUGACGAUACCACCGAUGUGGACGAAGACGGGCGUGACUCUCAAGGCAGCAUCGAUGAGACUGAACGACCGGCGUCAACCAAAUCUGGUGACAGCUUCCCAGCUGAUGAUAAGCAAUCAUCGUCGGAAAAGAACGGAACCGACUGCAACAGCCUGCUCGACCCGGCCGUGCUGUCCGAUUUCACCACGCAGGCGCUAGUGCUCACGGUUCUGGCCACUUUGGUGAAAUACACCUCGGAUGAAGACGAAAUCCGAGUGCUCUACCAAUAUCUAGCUGAGGGGUCGGUUGUGUUCCCCAAAGUGUUCCCUGUUAUUCACAGCCUCCUAGACAUGAAGAUAAAUCACGUUUUAAUGCAUUGCAGCGAUCAGAUAAUACUUAGCGCAGUGCAGUGCAUCAUACAGAAUAUGAUAGCGUCGGAGGAUGCAAGUCAGCAACAGUUGCAUUAUAUGCAGAGUUGCGGUUUUGGCGGACUGUGGCGGUUCGCUGGACCCUUUACUAAGAACCAGUACACGGCGGAGAGCAGCGAGCUGUUCGUGAACUGCCUCGAGGCGAUGGUGGAGACCUGCCUGCCCGGCUGCGGCCCGCCGCCGCGCCGCCCGCCGCCCGACCCCGACCGGGACGACGCCGCCGGUGGCCAUCGCCCCUCGACGAUUUACUGUCCUGGUCAAGAACCAUAGCAGUCAAAAAUUAGAGAGCCGUUGCAGAUCUGUAAUUGGGUUGAGAGAGCUCGCAAAGCUCCAUACAAAGUAAUAUUUAACCGACUUUAUUAUUUUCUACCGAAAUUCAGGUUUCGGUGGCAACACGGCCAUAAAUAUUGAAAUAAUUGAAAAUUCGAUCUUAUCUCAAAGAUGAUAAAGUUCAAAUUGAAGGGAUUAAAUCUUCUGUUUAUAAAAUAUCUUACUUAUUCUGUUUGUGUUUAAAGUUCAUUAUCAUUUAGCAAAAGCAGUUUACACUGUGUAUUUAAUGUACGUGUUUUUUAUAUUUUUUUUGUAACUGUAUUUUUCUAUGUUAAAGAUGUAGGAAAUAGGGGCAAAAUGAGACAUUUUUAUGUAUAGGAUUUUCGACUUUAUUUCUUUAAUGUUGAAGUUUAUUUUUGUAUGAUUCAAAAGAGACAUGAAACGGUUAUCGAAAAGUCGAUUUGUUUCGAAUGCAUUAGAGUUGAAUUUUGAGUAACAGUUUGUUUUAGAAUUUGAUUUGAUAAGCUUUA